CCACCAAGAAUGUGCCACCAUACAGCAAGCGUAUUGACUACCGAGGAUGAGGCAAGCAGCGAGGUAGUCGCACGAAUGUGGCGACUCGACUUGUUUAAAGGCACCCUCACCCGUCGUGCCCAUACCGGACAAACCAAUACCUACAUCAUCAUAUCUCCAUAGCCUACUACAUUAAACACCAAUAUGUCUCCGGGAAAAGUCUCAACCCUCGAUUUCGAGACGUUCUAUAACAUCGUCGAUGGCAAGCAGCGCAGCUCAGACAAGAUUCACCAUGGUAUCAAUCCCGCGACUGGUCAGGAGCUCUGGGACGUACCAAUUGCGAGCGAGCAAGACCUGAAUGACGCAGUUGCGGCUGCGAAGAAGGCGUUCCCCGCAUGGAGAGAUACCCCGAUUGAGAAGAGGAAGGAGCUGCUCAACAAGAUUGUGGAAUCAUACCAGCAACACAACGAUGACUUCGUCAACCUACUGUGCAAAGAGUCUGGCAAGCCGAGAAAAUUCGCUGCCAUCGAGGUUGGUGCCGUUGCUGGAUUCAUCGGUCACCACUUGACACUUGAUGUGCCAUCUGAGAAGUUUGAGGAUGAUGAGAAGACAAUCUACACAGAGUACACGCCUCUCGGUGUUUGCGGUGCCAUCUGCCCGUGGAAUUUCCCUCUCGUCUUGAGCACCGGAAAGGUCGCGCCAGCUCUCAUGACCGGAAACUGCAUCAUUGUCAAGCCCUCACCCUUUACACCUUACACGGCUUUGAAGUUUGUCGAGCUAGCUCAGGAGAUUCUGCCACCAGGCGUUCUCCAAGUAGUUGGCGGCAACAACGAGCUCGGUGUUCAGAUGUGCCAGCACCCCGACAUUGCCAAGAUCAGCUUUACCGGCUCUAUCGCUACCGGAAAGAAGGUUAUGGAGACAUCUGCAAAGACCCUCAAGCGCGUCACACUCGAACUGGGUGGCAACGAUGCCUCCAUCAUUCUUCCUGAUGUCGACAUCAAGAAGACAGCACCCGAGAUCGUCAUGGGUGCCUUCCAGAACAGCGGCCAAGUAUGCGUCGCUACCAAGCGAAUUUACAUUCACGACUCCAUCUACAAGGAGUUCCUUGAAGAGAUGGUCAACUUCACCAAGUCCAUCAAGAUUGGAGGUCCAGAUGACGGCGACAACCUGCUCGGACCUGUUCAGAAUCAGAUGCAGUACGAGCGCGUGAAGGAAUACUUCAGCGACAGCAAAGCCAAGGGCUACAAGUUCGCCGCUGGUGAGCCCGACGUCGGCAGCGGAAAGGGUUACUUCAUCAAGCCAACCAUCAUCGACAACCCACCAAACGACUCCCGCAUCAUCCAAGAAGAGCCAUUCGGUCCCAUCGUGCCCACACAGCCAUGGUCCGAUCUUGAGGAAGUCAUUGCACGCGCCAACAACACAAACACCGGUCUUGGUGCUUGUGUCUGGGGCAAGGACGUCGAGCAGGCACAGAAGGUUGCGCGUCGCCUCGAAGCCGGCUCAGUCUUUGUAAACUCAUGGGAGAAGCCGACACCACAAGCGAUAUUUGGAGGACACAAGGAAUCUGGAAUCGGCGGCGAAUGGGGCAGGACCGGUCUUCUUGCGUACUGCAACCCACACGUCAUGCAUGUCUACAAGUCAUGAUAUGACCAUGUGGAUGAUGGUGGGAGAUCAGA